CAGAGAGGGGAGGAGGGCUAAAUGACGGUCCUGAGUGCUAGACAGGAGGAAAGAGAAUAACGGCGUAAAAUAAUUUCGAGCCAUGUCUUAGCGCUGGAAUAGAGAUACACACAUCAAAUACGAGUCUUACCAUCCUUCCGAAAAUGAGGUACUAACAGGAUCCAAGAUGUGACCCCAUAUGUUUAAAGACACCUUAGACAAAUAACAACAACAUUAUCAGGACAUAAAAACUAUCCCACCAUGCAUCCCUCAUCUCGUCCAUCUGUGCCCCCACGUUCCCGCAGAUUUGACUAUAGACACCCGGAGGCCAAGCCAAGCCAAGGGACCAAGAGGGAGGACAAAAACAAGAACACAGCAUUUUCAUCCCCUCGACGAGGCACCCGGGGACCACCUGAGUGUUCCAGGUUAAAGGCCCCCAGUCAAGGUGCUCGAGCCUCAGUAGUUCAGCCCAAACUGGUGCGGCCACAAAAGAAUAGUGCUCAAGCAAAACCAGCAAUCUCAAAACCAAAAAGUGGAUGCACUGUUUCAAACCUAGCCCUAGAUAUGGACCCAAACUGCAAUGAUCCCAGCCUACCAUGUCUGUGUUGUGAUGGUCAUUCACCUCAGGAUAGCAGCAGCCUUUAUAAUCACAACCAUUACAACAAUAACACUGUAACCUUCAGGCAACAAAUGAAGCUAGCACCACCACCUCCUCUCAAGGAUAAAUUGGCUGUUCUAAAACAAGACUUAAAAGAAGAUGAGGGCAAGCCAGAAGUUAAGCAACCUCAUGCCAUCCCAGUCGAGGAGAAAAAUGAAGAAAAUGGCAAUGUGGAUGAAAAAGAUGAAGCUGGCCUCAAGAAUGAUGACAACAAUGUAAAUUUAAAUGAAAAUGUUGAUGUAAAUGGUAACGGCAAUGGUGAUGGCGAUAUUGUUGAUGAUGAUGAAGACGAUGAAGAUGAUGAUACACUUGUCCCUUCUUGCUGCAAUUGCCCAGAAUCCAUGCUGGAAUUCUCUCUUACAUCUUCCACCUCCUCUUCUUCCACAUCCAUUAGCAGCUGCUCAGAUCUGGAGUGUGACUGCCCAGAUACAUUCUCCCUGUCAUCACAGGACCAAGAGGCUCCUGAAUGCUAUCCAUCUUCACUUCCCCCAGACUUUCAGACUAAUAUUGUACCAUUGGAUCUCAAUGCUUCUGCCAUACCACCAAUUUCCCCUUGCUCUUCUGAUGAAGGCUAUCCCUCUGCCCCAUCCUCCCCCUCCUCUGACUACACAGAGAGCAAGGCAUCAGAAGAUGGAAAAUGUAUUAAAGUGGAUCUUCUCAAUUUUAUAGACUCCAUGGAAGAGUUGGGCAAAGUGGAUCUGUUCUACCGCAUUGUUCAGAUUGCACAUUGGGAACUGGAUGGUGAGCUGAUUGUGAAAGAUAGGCUGGAUCACCAACAGAAGCUUCAGAGGGUCAACAAAGAGGUUAAAUUGGCCUAUCUUUUGAAACUUCAGGAGGAAGGAUUGGACUUUGAUGAUAUCACUGGAGUUUUGAAUGAUUUGGGCAAUAUUAGCAUUCCAUGGAAGCUGUAUAAAAACAACAAAUCAUUUGAUUCCCAGGAAUUUUCUGAUGCAGGGGUGGAUCUGACAGCCCCUUCUGAUCUUGAUGAAACCCCUCUCCCUGAUUCUCUUGCUCCAUCGCCAUUGGAUCUUCCUCCCCCUCCACGGCCCCCAAAACCUCCAAAAAGGCAUGCGAGUGCCCACCCAGAAUCACACACGUACAAAACCAUUAGUGGACAUACCAUCGUAAUGUCAUCCACCAAUGACAUUUCUCCUUUUUCCACAAGUGUCUCUGUUCCUCCAUUGCCUCAAUUGUCAUCCUCACUCCAAGCCUCGAAACCUCUUACCCUUCCUCCUCCUCUUUCACAGCCUGUGCCCUACUUCACCCUAAAUACAGACUCGCCCACUUUCAUCUCCCCCACACCACCUAUUCCUCCUCCUAGAAGACGUCAUAAGGCCCGUCUAGAGGCUAAGAGGCUUGCUGAGCUUGAAAGAGAAAAGACCCUCAAGUCCCUUCCACCUCCAAUGUCCAAACCUCCACCAUUGCCACCUCCACCUGCAUUGUCCCCACCUCCAGCUAUUCCACCUCCACCAUCACUCCCACCCCCUCCAUCUUUUCAUGUAUUGGAUGUGGAAAUCCGAAAGUUGCUUGCAUUGGCAGGCCUUACCCAAGCUGAAUUGCUUAAACUCAGUCCUGAGUUGGGCGUCUGUGUGGACAUGGCCCUAGAGAAUGAUCAACAGGCAAUAUCUGGUGUCUCUCAGAUGGGAGAAAUUACAGUAGACAGGACACAAAAAUAUAAUAGGGAGGUUGUAGAUGAGAGGUUGGAUUCCAUAUUAAGAGAAGAAUCUAGAUUUGGGAAAGACAGGUCUACCGGUGUGAAGGAAUUAGAUAUACUCAGUGAAAAAGACAAUUCUAAAGAUGAACAGAAAGAAGCAAACAGGACAACGUCCUUCGUUGAAGCAAGGCGAUGUAAGAGAAAUGAUGGAAACUGUAAUAAUAGCUGUAGCUGUGGUUUUGGAUCCAAUGUUACCUUAUUUCCCCGCUCAUAUUACAGUGGCAAUCUUUGCAAAACAAACAUCCCGAAUGUAAGCUUUGGGAAUUUUGAUUAUACUUCAGUAAUGUCUGACACCCCACCACCUCCUCCUCCUCCUCCUCCAAGACCUUUGCCCCCUCGCCCACCAGUAGUUUCCAAUUCUUCCAAACUUCCUUGUCUCAAGCUAUGUACUCUACCUGCCAAUGCCUCUCGUCCGGAUAGAUUUGACUGGCUGAUAGCCUUUACCCCAGAUACAGAGUCUCCACCUAUUGAGAUUCUAAAAUCAUCCAAUAUUGGCAUGCUCCACAAAGCAACUUCAGGCUCAAAAGUCACAACCUUUAAAGAAUUACGCAACAGAAGCAAACAGAGUUCCCCACGUGCUCCUGUUCAACCAGAACCAGAUCCAAAUGUAAUCACACCAGACCCAGAUUUCCUGUACAACCUCAAAUGGAGGAAAGAGAAAAUUGAUGGGGAUGGCUGGGAAUAUACUUCCCAAGCACAAGCUUCUUUUCUCCAGCCGCCACCUACUCCAGCCUCAUUGUCCCUCUUUAGGGAAAUGUGCCGUCUGAAUAUACAAGAUAAUUGUCCAGCAGAGCUGGCCAGCAAUGCUUCCCAACAAAUUGGCUGUUCAGUCAGUGAAGGCAGCCUGAGGACUUUUUGUGGUGAAAGAGCUAAUGAGGAUCACACCAAAAAAACAGAAGAUGAAGAGAAAGUGGAGGUUAGAGGAAUGGCAGAUGGAGCAUGGACUUUAGAAUCAAGGACAACAGCUGUUCGCAGCAUCUUAUUUUCUGGCUCUGAGCAGACGAACUUGGCCUGGAUGGGAGAUGAUGUGAGGCUCGCACUGAAAGCUGACGAGCUGUCUUCUGCGUGCCUGCCCGAAAAGAGAACUCUUGUCAAUGCAGUCAGUGUGGCAGUAGAAGCUAUUUUGGCCCAGUUUAGUUCAUCCAGGACCGUAGUGCAGAAGUUUCACUCAGUAUAUCAGGCUCUCUCUGGAGACAGCAGUGUAAAUCCCUCUUUGGGUCGUUUGGUACUGAGGUGCCUUUGCCCAGCCCUGUGCAGCCUGCUCUCUGAUGGAAUUAAGCCCCACCAGAGUGACCUAAUUGCAGGCAGAAGGCCAAAUUCACCCUGGGGAUUGGUUCAAGCCUCCACCAAACCAGGCCCGAGCACACAGGCUUUGCACAGCCUCCAGACUAAAGUAGCAGGGCUUUCCCAGCUUAAACAGAGCAGACACCGCUUCAAUGCCUUCCUGUUCGGCCUCCUCAAUAUCAAACUCCUAGAUUUCUGGUUUUCUCAUCUGCAGUCCUGCAGUGAUGUGUUGGAGACAUAUUAUCGCCCGACUUCCUUCAUGCGUCUGUCACUCACUUCCUGUCAACCUCUCUUUGAGGAGCUCCUCCUGCUAUUGCAGCCUCUCUCUCUUCUAACCUUCAACCUCGACCUGCUGUUUCAGCAUCACCACCUUGACCCCGCCUCCCCAACUCUUACCCCAGCUAGUCACAGCUCCGAGAUAUAUGGCCCGCCUAAUGAAGACUUCAGCAUUCACUUAUCACCUAAGGGGCUUUUCCAAAGGAGUGGCCAUCAUCUUGGGAGUGUAUUAGAGCAAGACAAUGGUGGUUUGGAUUUACAAAGCACCAAUCCCAAUGCAGGCCUCACAAGCCUACCCAUUCAUGCUCUUGAUGUGUUUGAAGAGGGAGCCUAUCGUGUUCCAGUUUCGCUGUCGUCUGGUGUCACCAAGGAGAAAGCCAGUCUUCCUUUAUCAUGGCUGAAAGGGAGUGAGAUCUCAGCACCUCUUAGUGGUGGGAGUGGAGCAAGUCUUUCGCAGCAGGCAGGCCAAGCUCUUCAACAAGGCUGGGGGGCAGUGUUGCGUCUGGGGGAGCGUUUAGGGCAGAACUUUGGUUUGGCCAACUCUAGCUCCUCAGAGGAUGUUAAAGGUCCUAACUCACCAGAUGACCCCAAGACAGGCUUCUCACUGAAUCCAAAAAGUCCAGUUGAAAAUGGACAGCAACCAAGAGAGGAGCUUUCCUUGUGGGAUAGUGGAGCAGUUGUUCCUUGGGGCCUAGGAAGGCUCUUUGGAGCGUCUAAGAGCCCCAACAACCCUCCAACAAGCAGGCGCCCUUCUCAGUGGCUCUCCCCUGGCAUAUCUGUCCUUACCCGCAUAGUAAAUGUUGGCCAGGGUUUUCCGUCUGAGGAGACAGACCUCCAGAAAUGCAAAGAAGAUGAAAGUGAAAUGAGUAAGGAAACCAGAGAUCAACCAAGGCCUUUAAGGGUGAUCAGAACUCUGUGUGACCACACUGGAAAUGGAACAGAACUGAGCUUCAGGAAGGGUGAGGAGCUUGUUCUACUGGGUGGUGUGGACCAUGAUUGGAUUCGCUGUCGUCAAGGUGACAAGGAGGGCCUUGUUCCCAUUGGUUAUGCUUCACUUGUCAUGUGACUUUAAAUCCUAAAAGAUAUCUGGAUGUUUGUGUGAAGGAAUAUCAGGGGAUAAUUACUAAAAUAUAAGGAAAAAGAAACCAUAUAUAGAUGUAGUAAUUAGUAGCCGUGUUAUGUGUUUAUCUGUUUAUCUCUGACCCUUGUGGCCUGGUUUGCGAUGUCUGAAAUAUUUUCUGUGAUACACUGUAUAGGACACAAUUCACUAUACGUUACUGUACAAAUCAUAUAUAUAUAUAUAUAUAUAUAUAUAUAUUUACCAUAGAUUUUACGAAGAUAGAUAGACAGAUAAACAAAAAAAUAAAAGUGAGUAAUGAAAUGGAAAAUAAAACUGUCAUAUUUGUAUUUAUUAUUAGGUGUUUGGCCAUAACAAACUGCUUACCCAAAAGCUUGCUUAAAAAAAGCUCAACACACAGUUAUCCAAAGAAAUGGGUAUAAUCGUAAAACAUUUUGGUAUAGUACACCAUUUUAAUACCUAUAAACAUAAACAAUAAACCAUUAUCCUUAUGCAUCUAUUCUGGUUCCACACAAAACUGUGUGUGUAAAACCCUUCACAUUUAUCUUGACAUAUCAGCCCGGCAUUAUGUUGUAAAGGUAAGCAGGACUUAUUGUUGAGUACUGCAAUGAGUCUUAGUUAUUCUGGGGCUACAUGACCAAUAGAUAAUAAAAGAUUUACUGAAGUUAACUCUUUAUUUUAUUAAUGGUGUGGUUUUGUUAGUAUUAUUGAGUUCUUUUUAAUAAGGCUCUAAACUGACAAGUCAAUCUAUUAAGCAAUUGCUUGACUAUUCAGAUUGCUUUAUUCCUCAACAUAUUAAUGCUUUUUUUUGUCCUAAUUUGUACACCAACAAUAAAUAGAAGUAAAUGGUAGAUUAUUUCUCAAUGUUGCCUAAAGAUGCCCUUAUGUAAACCCUUUUAUUAUCCCACUUACCAAAAAAGAAAAUAACUUUUUUUUUAAAUAACUUUCUUUUUUGAAGAAUCACAUUGGAGUUGGAUUAUAAUUCUAUUAUUGUUGUACAACUAUGAAUGGUAAUAGUCAAACAUAUUAGUGUGGUAGUGUGUAGAUAAUUUUAUUUCUAACAACAUGAUGGCUAAUGUGGUAUGAUCUACUGUAUAUCACCAUGAGCUUGAUAGUGAUGACUAUGCAUAAAUUGUACUGUACUAUUUAUGAGGCUUGUUGCUGGGGAAACCAUAUCUGAUUGACAGCAUUAAGGAUUUUCUUUGAAUGGAUAUUCUAUGUUGUUUAAAUGCUUUGAAUCAGGGGUUUACAUACUGCAUGAACAUGUAUGAAUGUGUGUAGACAAUAGUAAACCAUAAACACAACUUGGUAUCUUUCUCUAUUUGUAAGCAUGGGUACAUUCACUCAAAAUGCAAACACUCCAUGCUUAAUGUAAGGGCAAUGACUAGGAGCUGUCGUGGGAAAGGUGUUCUAAAUUUGAACUUGCAUAUUCUUGUUUAUUAAGUGGAACCCUAUGUGUUUUUCACAAUUGAACGCUCAACUGUAGUAUUAGAAAUGUUACCUUUCAUCACUAAUCAAAUGAGCUGCUAAUUGUAUCUUCUUGACACAAACACUGACUAAAUCCAUUGAGGGAAAGCAUCUGCAUUGCAUUUAGUGUCCACCAUUGAACACUCACACUGACUGUUAGAACAGAUAUUAGAGUGUGUUAAUGUGCAAGUUUGCAUGGAAUAAAGCUACAAUCCAUCACACCACAUACUGAUAUACCUUCUGGAUUGUUCCAACCAAUAGCAGAAAAGCAGUGUGCUACAAUAGCAGUGACCUCAUUGAGAAAAAAAACCCCGGAGCAUUCACAGCAUUGUAUCUUUACUGUAUGAAAGCUUUAUGAAUUUACAUCUCAAGCUUUUACUGAAUAUAUCUAUCAACAAGUAUGCCAAGGGACAUUUGGUACAUUAUUAUUGGGUAGUUUAAGGGACAUAUUUAAUAACUUAAGAUCUGAGACUGAACUCGGUUAGCUAAUGAUAAUUGGCUUGAUCUUCAAUGUCCCUAUUUAAAAAAAAUAAUAAUAAGGAAAAAACCCUACAUUUUAUCAUGGUAAAAGAAGAAAGAAAUCAUAGUUCUAGCAUAGGCUGUCAUGGUCUUACCUCACAGGGCAAUCUGCAAUGAUGAAUGAUUAGGAUUUUUCUGUUAAUUUAUUCAUAUUGUUUUGGUAGCUGAUAUAUUAAUUUACAAUGCAUUUACAGUUGUGAAAUUUACAUGACAUUUGUUUGUUUUGGAGAAAGAAACUGCUAUUCUGCAUCAUAAAGAAAGUGUCAAUUGUUUGUGGUUAAUUCUAUCAAUUUCUAUCUGUUCCUCUUGUCUAUCUCUCUAUCUAUCUGUUGGUGUAUGUGUGUGUGUGCAUCAGUGUUGCAUAGCUCUGUGUGGUAUUGUCCAUUGCUGGUAGCACACUUAUAGCAUAUCAUGUACUGUGUACCUACUCUUGAGUUCUGUAAUUCCCUGUGAAUAAGCUCUAUGCAUGUUGCUGUGUAAAUAUACCCAAUAAAAUAAAAAAUAAAAACCUACAACUUG